GAGUGAACAGUUUCGGGCGAAGCAGAGUAGCUAGCGAAAGCAAUAGAAGCGCGAGAGGAAGCGAUUGAAACUGUGUCAUUCCUAGGGUGCCGCAGAGAUUGUGUUUGGCCGCCAAGUUCGGUUCCCUCGUCUGUGUGGGCAGCUUGAAUCCGGCACGAAUGUAGUGCCUAGAUCGUGAGGGCCGCUUGUGCUUCGAUUCCACCCAAACCAGCCCCUGUCCAGGCGGCACACGCGUAGGUGACACCACGAGAUCCGAGCGAAGCGAACUCCCUCGGGUGCUGCUGGUGCGGAGCGGACGGAAGUGAGAAACGCGUUUUUAUCUAUUGUGCGUCCGGCUGUGUGCGUGUAUGUGUGUGGCUGUUUGUGCUCCAGGGUGACAAGCCGCAGGCAGGCGAAACUCACGGGUUCAUCGUUCCAUCGGUAGAGCGGCGAUCGUCUGGGGAAGCGGUUCAAUCCAAUAAAAUAGUUGUUUCUCGCGAACGCCCAUAAAUCGUCCAAAGCGGCGAUUUGUGCUUCGCAUAAGGUGCAUAGUGGUGCACUGCACGAAAAGCCGAAGAAACAGAAUCGGUGGGGGCGAGUGUGGGUGUGUGUGUGCGAGUCCCACUAGAAUCAAUGUUCGAUGCUGCGUGAGAUCACGCAAAAGGAGUGGCAAAACAGCGGCAGUGUAAAGCGCAGCAAAAAAGUCGCCGGACCAAGCAGAUACUGCAGCUAACCAGCGAUCGGAAACAGAAGAAAAGUUACAGCUCUGCUACUGCGGCUCGUCACCAACACAGCUACACCCGGCCCGAAGGAGCUUGCUACUUGGAUGAGCAAAAAUGAUUCUGCUAGAGAUCAAUAAUAGGAUUGUGGAGGAAACGCUAACAGUCAAGUUCAAAAAUGCAAUCGCUGGAAACAAAGCGGAAUCAAUCGACGUGACAGUGGCAGACUUCGAUGGCGUGUUAUUUCAUAUUUCCAACAUCAACGGAGACAAAACAAAAGUGCGAACAAGUAUAUCGCUAAAAUUCUACAAGCAGCUGCAGGAGCACGGUGCGGACGAACUGCUGAAGCGAGAGUAUGGCGAGCUACUCGUCGCUCCCGAGGACGGCUACAAUGUUUCGGUGCUGGUCGAUCUGGAAAACAUUCCGGAAAAUUGGGAAGAAACGGUCCGAAGGAUCGGGCUGCUGAAGCGAAACUGUUUCGCGUCCGUGUUCGAGAAGUACUUCGACUAUCAGACGCAGGGUGAAGGUGAAGGCGAAGGCCAGAAACGAGCAGUAAUCAACUAUCGGAAUGAUGAAACGAUGUACGUUGAAGCCAAACCGGAUCGCGUAACGGUCGUGUUCAGCACGAUAUUCCGUGACGAGGACGACGUGGUGUUAGGUAAAGUGUUCAUGCAAGAGCUACGCGAAGGCCGAAGAGCAUCGCACACGGCACCGCAAGUAUUAUUCUCCCAUCGGGAGCCACCACUAGAGCUGGCCAAUACCGGUGCCAGGGUUGGUGAAAACAUCGGCUACGUUACGUUCGUUCUGUUCCCGAGGCACACUGCGAAGGAAACGCGCGACAACACGAUCAAUUUAAUCCAUAUGUUUCGUGAUUAUUUGCAUUAUCAUAUUAAGUGUUCGAAAGCUUACAUUCAUUCGCGGAUGCGAGCAAAGACUUCGGAAUUCUUAAAGGUGCUCAAUCGCGCUCGACCUGAGCCAAAAAUUACGGAAAAGAAAACAAUAACUGGUCGAACAUUCAUUCGGAAGGAAUGAUUCUAGAACUCGUCGGACGUCUAGUUGUUAAAUGUGUAAGUAUAAAAAAGUAACAAAACAAAGAAAGUGUGAACAAAAUUAAGGCGGUCAAAACAAUGAGUGCGAUAAAAUGAUAAAAUCUUGGUAAAUUCUCUGCUCCGCUCGAACGGCGGAUACAUUUUGCUGCAUACUAAUGAAAUAGUAAUAAAACGGAAGUAACACACAGCCAGAGCGUCAACACAUUUCGUCUCGACUGAUCGCAAUACUUAACGACAGAUGGCGAUUCGACCGUUUAUCGUCCCCGAAGAAACAAGGUCGGACAGGUUAACGAGUCUUGCAACGCAUAACACGGUCUCUAGGCGAACACACGUUGGCUGCAUUUUGUCUAGAAAAAUAAUACCUAUUAGAGAAAUCUACGAUAAAAACGCGGACGGACAAAACAGUGAGAAGAUCUUCACCAUCGUCUCUUGUCUGGGAAAUUAGCAAAACUCUAAAGUAUAUGUGGCCGGCAAUCGGUAACUGUGCGCCAAUUCACCACAAACGAUCGAUCGUAUUAAGAAACGUGAAAGUAAUUUUAUAAAAACAGAAGAGUAAAAUGGACAAUGCAUGCAAAAAAGGGCCACAGGAAAGCCGUUACAGAAAGGAGCACCAAAUCUGGGAGGCAUAUUUUAAAGGCGAACACAAGAAGAGAGACAAACGUAGAACUCUAAACGCUUGCGACUUGUUGGUGAAAGUCACCGGAAGUGAGAUAACACGUUACUUUAGGUUCUGCUAGACAAACUGUUCUUAGGAAAAUAUCUACUUUGUAGCAAGGUUCCAAAUUAAUCGCACAAAACAAGUAAUGAAGCUGCGACCACGACAGACCGUUGGAACUAAAAUUCCCACUAAUCGAUCAAUUUGAAAGCUGUGCAGCUCUCGAGGGCACAGCUCGUUACAUGCCGUUCCAUGUGGGCUGAAAGAUGUAGAGAUUGUUUGUAGCUAAGCCGCUAAGCAGUAAGAAUUUGGGAGACGGUGUUAGAGAGCUAGUUAAGAACCGGUGUGCGAAACGGUGAAGAAUCGCAAGGCAAUACCGACGGUGGGGUUGUAGUGCCACAGAGCGUAACUGGACGCCGGGGAAGCGAAGCGUGCACUAUUUUCCUUAUUCUCUAUUACCAAAUCACACCGAAUGUUGUUUACCAAGUACUACUUCUACUAUCCGACUAUUACUAGUAGCCUUUAGAAGCGAGGAAAGAGAGUGGACAAACAUGACUAAACACUGUGUAAAGCAACAGUGAUGAACUAAAACGCGAGCAGCGAACUAAGGGUCGCCGAUCUGCGGCCGCUGUGUUACGGCAGUGGUGUGGUGACUUGCAAACGUUUCUUUUCAGUCCACACUGCCCUCUGAACGGCUGCGAUCGCUGCGGAAUCGCCAUGAGACAAAACAAUCUUCCAACACAUGCGCUCGACACAAAUAUUAUCGGCAUACUUAGGAGGUAGCAAUUUGAAUGCGCCAAAUUCCACGUCAGAGGGGAAGGUACAUGAGAACUAAGAGUGAAGGCUGAUGUGCAUUUAUUACCACGACUAAUCUUUGACCUUCCGGGGGCUCCCGUGGGUCGGACGGGAUUAGUUCAGUACCCUCGGCUUCCGGCGUGGGACGAUAAAUCAAAUUGCGCCAAAAUGGACAUCAACUUCAAGAGAGAAAAAGUGUAUUAUAAUCUAAUUCCCUUCUAGCUAGAGAGAAAGAACGGUUGCAAAUAUUAUUAUUAGUUUUCGGACUUUCGUUUCGUUUCGUAUUCGUCAAUCACACGCCACUUUCGCCGCUACCUGCGCUGUGGACUGUGGCUAAUGCAACGUGGUUGAUGGUGAGGUUUUAGGGCGUGGUGCAAAGCGAGAAAUAACAAAUUGCGUUACAAACUAGAUACCAACCAGGCCCCUACGCGUCAUCAUAAUCUAAUCAUCAACACAUCCCGGAAACGCAGUGGCAGAUAAAUUGUGACAAAAUUCUGAACUAACUAGCUCCGGUAAGCGCGCGCGAGGGCAAAUACCUAAUGAAACUGUGCUCCGAAUGAAAUUCAAUCGAAGUAAACAUGGAACAAAUUUUCAAUAAACUGGCUGCCAGACACUAGCGAUGGUGCGCUAGAGAAUGGAAAACGGAACCU